AUGCUUAGCGCAGCUAAAUAUACUUGUAGUAAAAUUAUUGGAAGUAAUCCAGGUGAAGUUGCUGAUUAUCUUCGUUUGGUGGAGGACGAAUCUAAUACAAAUGUAGAAAAUAAUAAUGAAAACAUGAAAAAGUAUCUUAAAUGGCAUGAGUACAUUGUUUGGGCUAUGGAGUAUAUCAUCUGUUUUUUAAUUCUACUAUCUACUUUUGUACUUGGAUCUUCAUUCAUUAGUAGCCGUUUUUUCGAAAAAGAUAAUAUACGUUCAACAUCUCUAGUAUUCUAUGCCAUCUGCUGGCUUGUUGUAUUGGGUUAUUCAUUUAUUACCUGUCUAGCACGAUAUGGACUUGAUUUUUAUAAAAGUUUAAUUGGUAAUGGAACUACUACUAUAAAACCCAAUCGAGGCAGGUUUAUUAUUUGUUUCGUUGGAUUUCUAACAGCAGGUAUGCUUUUUGGGCUUGUGGAUGAUUCCAGUUUAUUUGUUUAUAGAUUGAAUAUUGGACUUUCAUUGAUCCUGUCAUAUUCAUUCCAUUUGUGCGCCAAUUUAGAGACAGUAUGUGCAGUAUAUAGUUUAGUAUAUGUAUGGAGACUUAAAACUCCUGAAGAAAAAACCGAUCAGAAAAUUGUUCUUCAUGAUCUCUACAUGUCAUUAGCUAAUAUGUUCAUAAACUUGAUUCUUUUACAUCCAUGCACUAUAUACACCAACCUUUUAUACAGUUAUUGUGCUAAUUUGGCCAGCAACAAUUGCGUAUGA